UUGUAUAUUUGGCGAUUACUCAAUGCAAAUGACGGGGUGUCGCGGUGCGGCGCGCGGCAGCCGUCAGAUGGCCUGUCAUCGUGGCCGCGGGAUGUUGAUAUUUCCACGAGGCUUUUCCGGGCUGUUUCGCUGGGUAGCGGUGUGAUAGAUAGUGCUGCCGAUGCAGUUCUAGCCCGGCAAUCCAGUGUGUUAGUGGGCCAAGUGUGAAAUCAGGCCAGUGGACUUGCAAAUGCUUGGCGUGCUAAGUGCUUUUUGAUUCGUGUGCACUUUUCAGCCAUGGGGCGAGGGGCUUCGAUGGCGACACCAUUGCUGGGGGAGGAUGACGGAGGCGCGGGAGCGCUGUACCUGAAGAAGGUGGGCAGUGCGGUGUUCUACGGAGUGGCUUCGCUGAUGAUCACAGUGGUGAACAAGAGUGUCCUGACAUCCUAUCACUUCCCGUCGUUCCUGGUGCUGAGUCUGGGUCAGAUGCUGGCGGGAAUUACGGUGCUAUGGGUGGCGAAGAAGGUGGGCGUGCUGACGUUCCCGGAUAUGACGAGGGAUACACCGCGGAAGCUAUUUCCGUUGCCGCUGCUGUACAUGGGAAACAUGAUCUUCGGCUUGGGUGGGACUAAGGCGCUCAGCUUGCCCAUGUUCGCUGCCCUGAGGCGAUUUUCCAUCCUCAUGACGAUGUUCCUGGAACUGAAGGUACUGGGCAUUCGGCCCAGCAUUCCCGUGCAGAUCAGCGUGUACGCGAUGGUCGGCGGCGCUUUGCUGGCGGCCAGCGAUGAUCUCAGCUUUAACAUGGAAGGCUACACCUUCAUCAUGAUUACGAACGCCCUCACGGCCGCCAAUGGUGUGUACGUGAAGAAGAAACUGGAGAGCGUGGACAUGGGCAAGUACGGCCUCAUGUACUACAACUCCCUGUACAUGAUCCUGCCGGCGCUGCUCAUCACGUGGGCCGUGGGCGAUCUCAGUAAGUCGGUGGCCUUCCCCAUGUGGACGGACCCCCUGUUCACGGUGCAGUUCCUGCUGUCGUGCAUCAUGGGCUUCAUCCUGUCCUACAGCACGAUUCUGUGCACGCAGUACAACUCCGCCCUCACCACCACCAUCGUGGGCUGCCUGAAGAACAUCAGCGUGACCUACCUGGGCAUGUUCGUGGGCGGCGACUACGUCUUCUCCUGGCUCAACUGCAUCGGCAUCAACAUCAGCGUGUUGGCCAGCCUUCUCUACACCUACGUCACAUUCCGACCCAAGGACACCACGCCGCGCAAGAUCCUGCCCGAGAAGAUCGAGGCGGUGUAGCAGAGGGUUUCCGCUGGCCACUCAGUGUCAUACCAAAGGUGUAGUGCAACUAGCGGUGUUGUAAAUAUCAAGAUGAUUAGUGACAAUUACUGUUAAUCAGACAUUGUAUUGCUUUGUGACACUAAUUUUCGAUGCCAUUCACACAUUUGUAAUUUAUUGUAUAUCUCUUUUUACGACCAAGGAAAAUUACCACACAAAAAUAUUUGUGUGCCCGGAGAGAUCGCAGGAGAAUCUCUGGGAUUUACUCUAUGAGCUAGACAUUAUGUAGGUGAAAUAUACUAUAUUUACU